AUCCUUCAUUAAUCGGCUGCGUUUCACAUGACUCGGCCGAAUAAAGUUAUCACAGAAACGCUAAUUGUAAACGCACACUUUUUUAUCUUACCAGUUUCUUGUCCUGAUAAGAUUACAGUGUCAUAUGGCUCACAACAGCGCCACCUCUACACCUUACAGAGAGCGAGCAUUGUAAAUCAACGUAACAUUUUAUUGUGAUAAUGUAAAAAAUAAACCUAGAGCAGUGAUGGUGCAGUGUAUUGUCGUUUUUUGUGCGAAAUGAUACAUCCUCCUUCCGUAACCAUAAUGUCGAUGCAAAACGUAAGACCCUUGGAUUUGCCCAGCGGGGCAGAAAGGCCACAGAGGAGUAGAUCUUCAUCUUGGUCCCUGCGGUACAUGCAAAACGGAUUUUCAAGAUAUGAACCAAGAUAUUCAUUACAGACACAGACUGAUGAGAAUAGCUUCCUACUUCGUUUAAGGAUUGUAGGAGCUUACUCAUUGGCGAAAAAGGACAUAUUUGGUGCUAGUGACCCAUAUGUGCGGGUGGAGUUGCAGAAGGUCGAUGGUGAUGUCACCCUUGAUACGUUUCUCACUAAAACCAAGAAAAAGACAUUAAAUCCCACAUGGAAUCAGGAGUUUGUCUUCAGGGUAAAACCGGCGGAGCACAAACUGUUGAUCCAAGUGUUCGAUGAGAACCGGCUCACUAGGGAUGACUUCCUGGGCAUGGUGGAGGUGCCACUGUCCACCGUGCCCACGGAGACGGCUGCCUCCGCCCGCCCCAACGUCGUUAAGUACCCGUUGCGCCCGCGCAGGUCCGUUGCCAGGUCCAGAGUUCGUGGCUACAUCGAGGUGUACCACGCUCUAGUGGGCCGUGUGGGCGAGGCCGGGGCCGAGGAGCCAGCGCCGUCUGAUGACUGGGAGCUGGUGGAACCCUCGCCGCAGCAGGGCGUCGUACAACCGGUCGUGUCGAGCUCGGUCCCUUCGUUCACCGGCGACGACUGGGAGCUUGUCGAGCGCACGCCGCUAGCCAUUGCGAUCGGCGGGGACCCGCUGCCGCCGGGCUGGGAGGAGCGGCAGGACGCCAACGGGCGCACCUACUACGUCAACCACAUCGAGCGCUCCACGCAAUGGGAGCGGCCCACCUUCACGCGCAACAUGAGUACGGAGUCGCAGGCGGAGCGCAUGGAGACGGCGGCGACGGAGUUCCAGCGCCGGUUCCACAUCUCCGCGGACGACGAGCUCGCCGCCAGCCCCGCCGCCACCCACACCAUCAACCAUCAGGAGGAUAUAAGCAAUAGAAGUGGGGAGACUAACUCGACGGACCCCACGCCGUUUUCCACACCAAUCAGAUCGCCGGAACCCGUCACACACGUCGCGGACAGCGCGGUGACGAACCAAACUAAUAGUAUAAGUGAUGAAACCGACUGUGAUAAUAAUUUAGGAAACAAAACGAUACAGGAGGACGACGAUGUUGUAUGCGCCAAUGAAGUCGUUGGCGACGCUCAAACUGAUACGAGUACUAGUCACGACACAGCUAGCCGAGCUGCCGACACUGCGGAACUAACUGAGGACGCUAACACUGAAACUGCUAACACUACCACUGACGAGCCAGGCGGGGACACACUAACUACUGACACGCCGCAGGGAGAGAGUCGAGACACGACUGACAAUACAGAGGUGACACAAGUCAGUACUGACGCACCUGAAGAGAGAGAUACAGCUAACGAGGGAGAUGUGUCCAAUGAGAGAGACGCAACCAAUGAGACAGAGACACAGAACGAAACACAGACAGAAGUCGUUGAAAAUGAGACUGAAACAGUAGCUACCGAGGCUGCAGAGACAGAGACAGCAGCACCUCAGACAGAGACAGCAGUAGCUCAGGCAGACGUAAUAGUAGAGGAAGACGCUCUGACGUUCGAUGAGAACCACUUCAGUACCCCGACGGGCGGCGCGUCGCCAGUCGCCACGCCCACCGCUCGCCGGCGGAGAACCACCACCAGCUCCAUGGAGGAUUCCGAGGACGAGACGGACGGCUCGACAGAGACCACGAGGAGUAGCAGCGCCAGCAGUACGCAGAGCCAGAACCUGCCCAACAGUGACGGUCUUCCCCCCGGAUGGAGUAUGCAGAGGGCGCCAAACGGUAGAAUAUUUUUCAUUGACCACAAUCAGAAGACGACGACGUGGAUAGAUCCCAGAACUGGUUGCGCGUCCAGCCUGCCGGCGGCGGCGGGCGCGGGGCCGGGCGCGGCCAGCGCGGUCACCGAGGCAGACGACCUCGGCGCGCUGCCCGAGGGCUGGGAGGAGCGGGUGCACACCGACGGGAGAAUCUUCUUUAUAGACCACAACACGCGCACGACCCAGUGGGAGGACCCGCGGCUGUCCAACCCGCAGAUCGCGGGCCCGGCCGUGCCCUACUCGCGGGACUACAAGCGCAAGUACGAGUACCUCAAGAGCCAACUGCGCAAACCGAGCAACGUGCCAAACAAGUUUGAGAUAAAAGUGCGUCGGAACUCUAUUCUAGAAGAUUCGUACCGCAUCAUCAGCUCCGUCAGUCGACUCGACCUGCUCAAGACCAAGUUGUGGGUCGAAUUCGAAUCCGAAGUCGGUCUUGACUACGGUGGUCUAGCCCGCGAAUGGUUCUUCCUAUUAUCGAAAGAAAUGUUCAACCCGUACUACGGGCUGUUCGAGUACUCGGCCAUGGACAACUACACCCUGCAGAUCAACCCCAACAGCGGAGUCUGCAACGAGGAGCAUCUCAGCUACUUCAAGUUCAUUGGCAGGGUCGCAGGCAUGGCUGUGUACCAUGGAAAGCUGUUGGAUGCGUUCUUCAUCCGUCCAUUCUACAAGAUGAUGCUAGGCAAGACGAUAGAGCUGCUAGACAUGGAGUCCGUAGACCUAGAGUACUAUAACUCUCUUAUGUGGAUUAAGGAAAACGACCCGUCGGAGCUGUACCUGACGUUCUCUGUGGACGAGGAGCAGUUCGGCAAGACGAUACAGCGGGAGCUGAAGCCGGGCGGCGCCAACAUACCCGUCGACAACGAUAACAAGGACGAGUACAUCAAACUGGUGAUCCAGUGGCGGUUCGUGUCGCGUGUGCAGGAGCAGAUGUUCGCGUUCCUGGAGGGUCUGAGCGCGCUGGUCCCGCUGCCGCUGCUGAAGAUCUUCGACGAGAACGAGCUGGAGCUACUGCUGUGUGGCAUCCAGCAUAUCGACGUCCGGGACUGGCGCGCCAAUACUCUCUACAAGGGGGACUACCAUUCUAACCAUAUCGUCGUGCAGUGGUUCUGGAGGGUGGUACUAUCAUUCUCGAACGAGAUGCGGUCCCGGCUGCUGCAGUUCGUGACGGGGACGUCGCGCGUGCCCAUGAACGGGUUCAAGGAGCUGUACGGCAGCAACGGCCCGCAGCUCUUCACCAUCGAGAAGUGGGGCGCGCCUGACAACUACCCGAGGGCGCAUACCUGCUUCAACCGCAUAGAUCUCCCGCCUUAUGAAAGCUACCAGCAGCUACGAGAGAAGUUAAUCAAGGCCAUCGAAGGCUCGCAGGGCUUCGCGGGCGUCGACUGAGCACACAUCGGAGCCCCCUCCACACCGGCCUUACCUUACACUACCAAUCUAGUACACAGUAUCACAUCAAGGUAUACCUACAUACGUAAUACAUUUUCAACCUUAUCCCCAAGGCGUACAGUUGAAAAUGUAUUACAAACAAUGGAGUACGUUGAUGUACUUGUAUCGACUUGUUCGUUGGUGAUGAACAGGUCGAUACAUGUCGAUCGACUUGUUUUAUUACAGAAGUCGACCUGUUAAACAUGUUUAGUGUACUUUCACGGAUUAUUUUCGUUUUCUUACUAUUCAGAUGUAAAGAGAUUAAUUCUCCUCUUUAUCUUUCCUAUUUGAGUUUACUAGAAAAGCAUUCAAACUUAUACUAAUCUGUCAUUUUCCCCAUUGGAUUGUCGACUUUAUAUCCACACAAUAAAGUUGAAAAUCUAAUAGAGACAGAAAUGUGUAGUUUGAUCUGCUAGCCACUCUACCAUUUAGUUUUUAAAUUACACUUUGUUUUUAAUAUCAAAAUAGCGAGUUUAAGCUAGCGACUGGAUUGAAUAGAAAACUGCUCAAACAUGGAACUGGUACAUACCAUCACGCUUUAUUUACGAUAACAGUACAGGCAGAAAUGUCCGAAACCUCGUUGUUCAUAAUUCAUCCUUCGAGAAAGACAGUAGAUAGUAAUUCUUUCUCUUUCCCUCAAAUAUGGUUCAUUAAGCAAUAAUAAGUAGUAGUAAACUUCUUGUCUAUUAUCUUUAAACAAAUUUAGUUUUCAAAUUCAUUUCUAAAUACCUCAAAAUCUUCGCUAUAAUUUUAUAAACCUAUUGUUUUUGUUGUAGUAAAAAUUGCUAGUACUUGGCAAAGAAAUUAAAACUAUUUCUACAAGUUUGAAUCUAAAUUGUAAUCUUGAAUAUCUUCCAACUUAAAAAUAAUAAGUUAUCAAUGUAUUGUAAAUAUUUAAAUCUAAGACUUGUAGGAAUAGUUAAAAUUUCUUUACAAGUAUUUUAUCAAAUUAUUACUCUCCAAAAACGCCUUAAUAACCUUAACUUUAUUAAUGAAAUAUUUUUUAUUAGAUAACUAAUUAAUUUGGUUUAAAAAAGUAUCAGGAAUUGAAAGCAAAAUCAAUCCAGUAAUAUCGAUUAUUUACGAUAAAAUGCCACAAUACAAACGUGCUUAAAAGCAGGAUUGUGCAAAUAGAAUUAAUAUUAAAAUAAUAAUACAUUAACUAAAUAAUACGUGUGAUUAGUAUUCUAAAUGAGUGCCUAUCUACAUAUAAAUUGGUGUCUAAACAUUAUCCAUUUUCUUUCUAUCUUCUAUUCUUUACAACGACAAUAAUUUUGUAUGUGUGUAUGUCCUUCACAACGCUUUUAUAAACGGGUGACACUUAGUGAUGUCAACGAAUAUUGCUUUUUAUCUAUCUCUUAGUCUAUGCUAGAUGCAAAUAGUUUUAGCUUAUCUAUGGCAAUAGAUUUGCACCCUGUGUGAAUUAUGCGUGCUGGUAGCGGUGUUAGAGCGAGUUUUCUCAACAAUGUAGCUGAAUUUAUAAUAAAGUUACAUGACUAAGUGUCACCCCUUCCCCCCAUCUGACGUUAUAUCUUAAUAACCUCCCCCCUCUUCUACUUAUAAGACAAUACAAGACGGCGUAAGUAAGCAAUGUUGCUGAUGUAAAUUAGACGUUAUUCUUAUAUCCACAGGGUCCAGCACCUGUAGGUACAAUUCGAAAUUAAGUCCUAUGUCUUUCAAAAGUAUUAUUUUGCUGUAACUUUAUUUUAUUCCGCGUCGGGUUUUGGAUCGUUUGUCCUUCGUCGCAGUUACGUUGUGUAACUAGAAGAGUUCGUUCUUCGCAAUAUUAUUGUACCGGAGUCCUAUCCACCUUCGAUAUAUUAGCUUUACGAGUAAGCCAUAAUAAAGUAAUGUUGAAAUAAAGCUCUAACUAUAAUGUACCGAGUGACUACAGGGCUAAUUGAAACACUAAAUAGGUUAACUAAAGAUUCGCAAUAAAUUGUUAGUUUUAAUUAGCCAUGUGAUACCCCAUUUUACUUUAUAUGGAAAUUAUUAUUAUUAAUCUAAAAGGUGUUUUAAAAUGUAUACUAUACAAUUGUAACGUACAUGGUGUUUCGUUUUGUGCCUGUCAUAGAUGACAGCUGUCAAUGUCAAACUACGACCAAGCGAGGUAGCCUUUUUGAUAAGUGAGUGACAAAGCCAAUGUGCAAUGUUUAUAAUUUAUUCCACGCAUUAUUUACGAUUUAAAAUUCUAAAUAACGUGAUAUAUCCGGGCAAGGUGAAGUUAUGAAAUGUUUCAAUUAUUAGUGAUCGGGUAAUGUAGGCCAUCUUGCCCGGACUUGUUUAGUGAUUAAAUAAUUAUUCAUUUUGCGUCCUAUACGUUAGAUAAAUUGCUUUUCGCUUUGAUAUAAUAUAAAAAGAUAUUUUCAUAUAUAGCACACUUGUACAUAAUUUAGUAUAAGGUGUAAAAAAUUGCUAUUGGAAAUAUGUAUAAAUAUAAAAUAAUUAGAUGACCGAGUGGUAUCCAUGAAAUGGACCGUUGAAAUUGUAUAACUAUUAAUGGAGUAAAGAUGUUAUAAUAUUUAUUGAUGGAGCAAUUGUUUACACCCUGUAUUUAUUUAGUUUUACUCAAGUUGCGUUUUCGUCUAUGAUCGUUUACUUAAUUUAGAUAGUUUUUAUUAUCAAUAUAUUAUUUUGUACGUCUUUGUAAUUUUAGGCUGUAACUCUAGUAUUUUGUGUUCAGCGCCUCCUGCCGAGACCUUUUGUAACUAAAUCAAAUGGAAUUUUUAUUUGAACGCCAAUAAAGUACAUAUAGAGAACUGCAGCAUUUUUUAUUAUAAGCCUAAAAUUAUAAAGAUAAUUAUUGGAAAAUAAUUUGUAUAAUUCCAUAUUAUAAACGUUUUUUGAUUAUAACAUGUUGACGAGACAUCGUGGUGUUUACCGAGUGGUACCGACAGAGAAUGUUAGCACGCGUCAUUUUAAAACUCAAUAUUUUCCUACAAAUUAACUCGGGGGAAAUAUCCUGCUUAUAGAUCCGGCCUCGUAGCGUUUUCUAACUAAUUAUGUAAAAAAAUCUAGCAUUUAAAUAGAAUAAGGCAAUAAAUAUUAAGGUGAUAUACUUGCUCUACUAAUCUAACUCUUAGUAUCAUCGAAAUACGUGAUAGAAUGGCGCGUACUAGCUUCUUUAGUACUACGAAGAUCUUUACAGCAAACGUUUGCGAGGUGAUGCGCAAGCGCUUAUGAUUAUUGACACAUUAAAACUGGAAACAGAAUUACCAUAGUUUUGACAGAGUAGUGUCGAAAUGGCUUCCAUAGAUUAUAACAGUUUCGAGAAUUGCAUUGUGACAUUUGCAUUUAAUUUCAUGUUAGAAAUUAUACAAAAUCUUCUCUUUGACUUCUAAUAGAUAGACUUUACAAUAAUUUAGAUAGCUUUUUAAGGGACGGUACCUAGCACUUUCAGUUUUGAUGUGUCGGUACCAAAAUAGGGUUGUCAUGCAAUGAACAAGACGCGGUGUUGUCUAACGUAAUCAACGAUAUUUUUAUUUUACGUUUACGAUAAGAUUAUUCAUGUAAAUAUUAAUACAUAUUUGAAAUUUGAGAAAAAACAAUUCAUUAAAAAGUCAUUAUUUUGA